UAUAAAAUAUUACAAAACCCAAUAAAGAUGCACUUCUACUUGAUGAUUCUCGUCCUGAUAGCUCUUUCGGCCCUGGCCUUUGUGAGUGCCAACCCAGUUCCUGAUCCGCAUGGAGAGGUUAUUGUCAUUGUCAACCAACAAAAUCCAGACUGUUUCACCACAACAACUGCAUCCUAAUUUCUGGUCUCAAUUUGACAAAAAAAAAAUGCUUAACAAAAAAAAAAUAAAUAAAUAAAUACAAAUUUGGAUUUAAAUAAUAAUAAACUAUAAAAACUAAAUCAAUAUUGACGCGGCUGCUUAUGCUGAACAUGAAUUUACGUAAACAAAAAAUAUCUUUGUUUAUGUGGGAUUUUUUGUUAUUGGUUUUAAAACUUAUAAAAUAAAUGACGUAUGGAAAUA